AUGAAGUCCAUUAUCUUGGCGGUAGCUUGUUUAGCAGUCGUAGUUAGGAGUCAACCGUUAUUCGGUUUAGAAGGUUUGGGAGAACUUGCAAGAGUCGGAACCGACGUGGGGUCACGGAUAGGGUCUUCUCUUGGUAAUGCAGCUGACUUAGGUAUGGAAGCUGCAGCAGAUCUCGGAGCCGGAGCGUUAUCAUUGGGAACAGGGGCCAUUGAAGCUGGUGCAGGGGCAUUUGGAGCGGGUGCAAGAGCAAUAGGACAGGGUGCGAAUAUAGCUAAUGGCAUCGGUAGAAGAAUUGGCAGCACUGGCUUAGGAAUGGUUGGUCUAGGAGGAGGUCAACAAGCCGCCAGAAAUUCUGAAAGAGCGUCAAGCUCCGGGGCAAAUCAGUACAACAGAGGCGCUAGUGGUGCUGACAGUCAAGGAUACCGAAACAAAGGUGAAAAGGAAUUCCACGACCGCGGACAUCACCACAGCAGCGUAAACAAGGUUGAACAGGCUGUGAGCAGUGAGGAUCACGAUGUUGGUGGUCACCAGGCUUACGACGAGGGUGCACAUAAAUCUGGUGAAUCCAAUAAAUAUGAAAGCGGUGCUAGCAAGGCCGCUAAUGACGUGGCAAACGCUGCUCAACGGGCACUCCUAGUGGUCGCUUGUUUAGCAGUCGUAAUAAGGGGUCAACCGUUAUUCGGUUUAGAAGGUUUGGGAGAACUUGCGAGAGUCGGAACCGACGUGGGGUCACGGAUAGGGUCAUCUCUUGGUAAUGCAGCUGACUUAGGUAUGGAAGCUGCAGCAGAUCUCGGAGCCGGAGCGUUAUCAUUGGGAACAGGGGCCAUUGAAGCUGGUGCAGGGGCAUUUGGAGCGGGUGCCAGAGCAAUAGGACAGGGUGCAAAUAUUGCUAAUGGCAUCGGUAGAAGAAUUGGCAGCACUGGCUUAGGAAUGGUUGGUCUAGGAGGAGGUCAAGAAGCCGCCAGAAAUUCUGAAAGAGCGUCAAGCUCCGGGGCAAAUCAGUACAACAGAGGCGCUAGUGGUGCUGACAGUCAAGGAUACCGCAACAAAGGGGAAAAGGAAUUCCACGACCGAGGACACCACCACAGCAGCGUCACAAAGGUUGAAAAAGCUGAGAACAGUGACGAGCACGACGUCGGUGGUCACCAGGCCUACGAUCAAGGCGCACAUAAAUCUGGUGAAUUCAACAAAUACGGAAACGGUGCCAGCAAUUAUGCUCAGGACGUAGCAAAUGCUGCACAACAAGUACAAACAGCCAUCUAA